AUCGCAAUGCGGAUUUUGUACGCCAGGAAUAGCAAUGUCACUUUAUGCUUUGCUUAGAAAUAAUCCAAAUCCUUCAGAAGAAGAGAUUGAAGAAUGUUUUGAUGGUAAUCUCUGUAGGUGUACAGGAUAUAGACCUAUAUUGGAUGCAGCUAAGACCUUUGCUAAGUCUGAGAAUAAUUGUCAUGAAGAUGACUUGGGAAGUAAGGAAAUUGAUCAACAACAAAAUGGAAUAAAGACAUGCGGAAAAGAGGAUUGUUGUAAAUUGAAUAAUUCAAAUACAAAAUGGCAAUCUAUAAUCGAUCUCAAAUUCCCUCAAAUUAAGUUCAAACAAUAUGAUGCAACACAAGAAUUAAUAUUUCCACCAACAUUAAUAACGUCAUAUAAAUCAUAUCCAUUAUAUCUAACGGGUAGAAAAACAGAAUGUUUUAAACCAAAUAAUUUAAAUGAGUUAUUAUUACUUAAAUUUAGGUACCCUAAAGCUAAAUUAGUUAGUGGUAAUACUGAAGUCGGCAUUGAAGUGAAAUUCAAGAAAAUGGAUUAUAAUGUUUUAAUUUAUGUUGGAGAUUUAAAAGAAUUAAAAGGUUACGAAUUUAAAGAUGAAGGGUUGGUUAUUGGUGCUAAUAUAAUUCUAGCACAAUUUCAAGAGAUUUUACAGAAGGCCUUGGAAACAUUUAAAGCCUUAUUGACAAAUUUAAGAUGGUUUGCUGGACAUCAAAUACGAAAUGUUGCUACACCAGCAGGAAAUAUAAUAACGGGAUCACCAAUAUCCGACUUAAAUCCAAUAUUCAUGUCAACCUCAUGUAAUUUCACUAUAUCAUGCCAUAACGAAACUGUCGACACUUCAUCCCCUUAUAACGUCACUUCGAAGAAUAUUAAUUGUGUUAGUCGAGAUGUAUCAGCCAAUGAGUUUUGGACAGGAUACAGACAAAACACUUGUACUUCAACAGAAAUUAUAACAAAAAUAUUUAUACCAUUAAGUCACAAAAGACAAUUUGUCAGAGCAUAUAAACAAUCGAAAAGACGUGAUGAUGAUAUUGCAAUUGUUAAUGCUGGGUUAAUGAUACAACUUGAUGAUGAGAAUUAUGUUAGAGAUGUCGGAUUCGGAUUUGGUGGUAUGAAAAGUGUUAGCGUUAGAACUCCGUUAAGUGAAGAAUGGUUAAUUGGAAAGCAGCUCGGAAAUACGAAUGUAUUAAAAGGGUUACUUGGUAGAUUAAGUGAGGAGUUGCAAUUAAGUUUUAAUGCUCCAGGUGGGAUGGCAUCGUACAGAAAAUCAUUAGUGUCAGGAUUUAUUUAUAAAUUUUGGUAUGAUAUAUCUAAGAGUGUAGGCAUAUCAACCGAAGAAUUCGACGAGAAUGAUAUUGAUGAAUUUAUUGGUACAAUUGAAAGAAAUGUGUCAAAAGGAAUACAAAGCGUUGGAUUUAAAGAGAAUGAUAAGAAGAUUGUCGGUAAAGAAAUACCACACGUGUCUUCCAUGAAACAGGUUACAGGUGAAGCUAUUUAUACUGAUGAUUUACCUAAAAUACAUGGCGAAUUAUAUGGUGCUCUUGUAUUAUCUCAAAAAGCUCAUGCUAAAAUGCUUAGUAUCGAUGCAAGUAGAGCAUUGGCUAUACCGGAAGUUAAAGGAUUUUUCAGUGCAAAAGAUGUGCCAGGAGAAAAUAAAUGGGGUCCAAUAAUUAAUGAUGAAGAAGUAUUUGUUAGUGAAGAAGUUAAGUGUGUAGGACAGAUAAUUGGAUUAGUAGUAGCUGAAACGCAAGCAAUAGCACAAGAAGCUGCAUUAUUAGUUAAAAUUGAAUAUGAAGAAUUACCUCACAUACUUACGAUUGAAGAAGCUUUGCAACAAAAUAGUUUUUUUAAUGAUAAUACAAUGGUUAAAGGUGAUGUUGAUGAAGCAAUACAACAUUCUGAUUAUGUAUUUGAAGGUGAAACUAGAAUCGGUGGUCAAGAACAUUUUUAUUUGGAGACACAAGCAUCACUUAUAAUACCAAGAGAAGAUAACGAAUUUGAAAUUCAUGCUUCUACGCAGAAUCCAACAGAAACUCAAAGAGCGGGAGCAUCAGUAUUGGGCAUAUUAGCGAAUAAAGUUGUAUGUAAAGUAAAAAGGUUAGGAGGCGGAUUUGGCGGUAAAGAAACUCGUAGUGUACCAUUAACAUUAGCUUUAUUGAUUGGAGCUUAUCACCUAAAACGUCCGAUAAGAUGUAUGUUAGAUAGAGAUGAAGAUAUAAUAAUUAGUGGACAGCGUCACCCAUUCCUUGGACAAUGGAAAGUUGGAGUCAAUAAAGAAAUGAAGUUACAAGCUUUGGACUUGAAAAUAUAUAUUAAUGCGGGAUGGUCAGCUGACUUGUCACCAGCAGUUUUGGAGAGAGCAAUAACGCAUAGUGAUAAUUGUUAUUAUAUACCGAAUAUGAGAUUGCAUGGCAAAACAUGUAAAACAAAUAUACACUCAAAUACUGCUUUUCGUGGAUUUGGUGGUCCACAAGGAAUGAUGAUUACUGAAAAUAUGAUGAGUGAAGUUGCUGAUAAGUUAGGAAUUGAUGUUGUAAAAUUUAGGGAAAAGAAUUUAUACAGUGAAGGACAACAAACUCAUUUUAAUAUGACAUUAAAGGAUUGGCAUAUACCUUCAAUAUAUGAACAAGUUAAAGUAUCAAGUGAAUAUGAAAUACGACGUCAAGAAAUUAAUGAAUUCAAUGAAAAACAUAAAUGGAGAAAAAGAGGUUUAAGUUUAAUACCGACAAAAUUUGGUUUAUCUUUUACCGAGUUUCAUUUAAAUCAAGCUGGCGCUCUUGUUCACAUUUACACGGAUGGUAGUGUACUCGUAAGUCAUGGUGGAGUUGAGAUGGGACAAGGACUUCAUACUAAAAUGUUACAAAUUACUGCUGAAGCUUUAGAUAUUCCUUUGGAGAAUGUUCACUUAAUGGAGACAGCUACAAAUGUUAUUAUAAACACCUCGCCUACAGCAGCAAGUGUUAGCAGCGAUCUUAAUGGAUAUGCCGUAUUGAAAGCUUGUGAAGUUUUAUCCAAAAGAUUAAAACCGUAUCGAGAAAAAAUGCCUGAUAAAAAUUUUAAAGAGAUUGUUAAAGCGGCGUAUCAUGAUAGAGUAAAUUUAUCAGCAAAUGGAUUUUAUAAAACACCAGACAUAGGAUAUGAUUGGAAAAAGAAAGAAGGACAAAUGUUUCUUUAUUUUACUACGGGAGCCGCUUGUACAGAAGUUGAAAUUGAUGUGUUAACUGGAGAUCAUACGAUAUUAAGGACUGAUUUAGUAAUGGAUAUUGGUAGAAGUUUAAAUUGUGCUAUUGAUCUUGGACAAAUUGAAGGUGCUUUUGUACAAGGUGUUGGUUGGUGUACUAUUGAAGAAACUUUAUUCUUUCCUAAUGGGCAAAUAUUUACUAAAGGACCUGGUAAUUAUAAAUUACCUGGAUUUAGGGAUAUUCCACAAGAUUUUAGAAUUUCUACUUUUAGAAAUGCUGAAUAUCCUAAUUUAAAAACUAUACAUAGUAGCAAAGGUGUUGGUGAGCCUCCUUUAUUUUUGGGAAGUUCUGUUUUUUUUGCUAUUCGUGAUGCUAUCAAAUCUGUAAGAAAAGCAAAUAAUAAUAAUGAAGUUGUAGUUUUGAGAUCUCCUGCUACUUCAGAAAGAAUUCGUAUGGCUUGUAUGGAUGAACUUGUUGUGACUAAUUUGGUUGAACAAAAGAAAGAUGAAAAAGGAUGGAUUAUCAGUGCUUAA